AUGCCAGCUCUUCCGAUUCUCAAACUUCCGAUCAUUGUUUUGAUGAGGAUUCUGAAAACAAUCGAUAUUGACACAGUAAUUUUCUUCAAAACGAGCAUCGGGAGUUUAAGAAUCGGAAGAGCUGGCAUCUGGAAAAGCGGAGUUACCGAGAAUGAGCGAAUGAGUGAACGGACAGUGAAUACUGUGAAAAUCAAUAGACUCUCUAUGCCAGCUCUUCCGAUUCUUAAACUUCCGAUCAUCGUUUUGAUGAAAAUACUGAGAACAAUCGAUAUUGACACAGUAAUCCUCAUUUCAUUAUGCUCUCGUAAAAUGUACCACCUCGUUAAAAACUUUCGAGAUAAAUCUGUUACCCCCAGAAUCGAAAUUUACGGGAGAGAUUCGUAUGUAAGGGUAGUGACACCGAACAAUUACUUUUACGAAGUUGACGUGAUGUCUAGAACAAGUGAAAAGUCUGGAACUCUCGAACGAAUGAAUAUCAACGGUCAUCUGGUACCCAUCGAGCGUUCUAGAAAACACCACCAUGUCUGGGAAACCUAUUGGGAUGAUAAAGUGGAAGGACUAUACUCAGUAAUGGAGUAUAUAUCGGAUCUAUUUGGGAUUAAAAAUGUGACUAAAAUUACAGUAUCCCUGGAUACAAUGAGACUCCUGGAUGUGCUUAAGGAGAGACAAAGGAAUGUUUUUGAACUUGCUACACGCUUUCGAUUAAAUGAAAAAGAAUCUCAUUUAAUUUUGGAUAAUUACCCUGCAAAAAUAUUAAGAAUCAGUGGAUUACCGGACAACUUUCCAAUCGGAAAAUACCUUCAAACUGUCAACUCAUUAUGUGUUGCCUCGAAAGUAUCGAUCACUCUCGACGAUCUACUUAACAUGAACUGUGUGGAUCUAUUUUUAUCGAGAAAUCGUUUCACUGGCACUGAAAUCGAGCGACUCCUCCAACACUGGGCUAUCGGAGGGUUCAAACGACUCAAAUACUUGGAAUUGGAUGUUGAAGACUUGAAUAUGGAAGACGUACUCGGAGAGUUAACUCACUCUCGAAUGACAGAAAAUAAAACAUAUAAGUCAAAUAUUGGAUAUUACAGUUUCAGUGAUCGUCUCAUUACCCGGAAUGAUGGUGUCGUCGCUUCUUUUCAAUAUGACCAACAAUACAGAAGAGUUCAAUUUGCUGUCUGGCCAGAUUCGGAGGGAAAUGAAUACUAA